GUUUUAACUUUUCAAUCGUAAAUAAAUCAGUUUUUCAUUAAACAAGAAAAAUGAAGGUGGCUAUUGUUGGAGGAGGAGUUGUCGGUUUAACGACGGCUUUGCAAUUGCAACGCGAGUUACGUAAUGCCGAAGUUUGCGUUUUCGCGUCAGACUUCGAUCGGACCGUUAGCCAUGUGGCUGCUGGUAUAUUCAGAGUUGGAUCAUCCUACUCUGGACCAACUGAACAAAUAACAAGGGAAUGGAUAAGAGACUCGUAUGAGUAUUACGAUGAUAUCCGAAAGUCUCCUGAUGCCUCAUUUGCAGGAGUAACCAGCAUUUCCGGUUACAUGUUUGCCAAUUCCUCUCCGGAGACCGUCAAGAGUCACUGGAUAGAGAAUUUAGUGCCAAUAUACAGACAAGCUUCGGAAGAAGAAUUUCAGUUGGUUGGGGGUAGCUGGAAAUAUGGAUCAUUCUUGACAACCCUCCUCACUAAUUGUAAACUGUAUCUUCCAUGGGCUCGUAGAAAGUUACAAGAAACUGGAACUAAAUUAACAAUAAAAAAAUUAGAUUCCCUCACAGAACUUAUUCCUGAGUGGAAUCUAAUUAUAAACUGUACAGGUCUGGGUGCAAGAUCAUUAUGCAAUGACAGACGCCUUGUUUCCAUACGUGGUCAAGUGAUCAAAGUAAAGGCCCCAUGGAUGAAAACAUUCUUUUAUGGAGAACUGGACACUUAUAUCAUACCAGGUUUUAAUGGCGUGGUUACGCUUGGCGGUUCAAGAAGCUUUCACUCCGAAAAUAUGAACCUGUGUCCGUACGAAUCAAUGGCUAUUCGUGACCGAUGCGAGAAACUUGUUCCAGCCCUUAAAAAGGCCAGUGUCUUGCGAGAGGAAGUCGGUUUGAGGCCGCACAGGGAGAAUAAUGUCAGAGUCGAAGCUGAGCACAUUAUAAAUGGACUCUCGAAAGCAAUCGUGAUACACAAUUAUGGCCACAGUGGAUAUGGAGUUUGCACUGCUCCUGGAACUGCUAAGUAUGCUGUACAAUUGGCCAAGGAAAUGCACAAGUCAUCAAUUGCAAAAUUAUAAUCUCGAAUCGGUGUUUUCCAUGGUUUCGACAGCUACAU